AGAAGAUUAAUUCCUGAUGGUUCUUUAUUUCCUUUCACUUUGGGGGGGUGUGUAUCAUUUGGUUUUCUCUCUCUGAAUCAGAAGACCACAGAGUAGAAUCUGGUAUCUGCCUCCCAGUUGGGGAUGACAGCUUUGUUCUAUAAUCCCCAGGGGCUGGAGGAAGGCUGUGGCCUCUGAAAUUAGGGGAAAUCACUGAGAAAACUGAGCUUUUUAUAUGCUAAUAAUCAACCACUGACGGUUCUGGUGGGAGCCUUCUCAUGGUUUCAUCAUGCAACCGGAUUUUGACUAUGUUGAAAAGAGGCUGGUGAUUCAUCCGAACCUAGGGUUCCUCUCUGGCUUGAUCCAAAAGAAUAGCUAUUGAUGGGGUUUCCUAACAAAACGGGUGCCAGGACUCGCUGCUUCAGUAAGGACACCAUGCGACCCUACUGCCCGAGGCUCUGGGCUAACUGUGGGCCUGGGCCGAGGGGUGGGCGGCUCGUGCCUAGCAAUACGUUUCAGCUCGCGGGGGCCACCAGCAGCGGUCAGCCCCUCCAGCCCGACUUCGUCAGGUGGCAGAGUGGUCCAGCCUUUCCCAGGAUUGACGGAUGGAUGGAUUCAUUCGUUCACGCAGCAGACCAGCCGCCGCCAUGAUGAGCACCAAGGCCUUCACCCUAGUCCCCGCCGUGGAACGGGAGCAGCUGAUGGGCGACAGAGAGCGGGUGUCGCUGGAGUGCGUGGAGUGCUGCGGUAGGAACCUGUACCUGGGCACCAGUGACUGCUUUGUGUACCACUUCCUGCUGGAGGAGAAGACCCUGCCCACGGGGACGGCCACCUUCACUGCCACCCGGCAGCUGCACAGACACCUGGGCUUCAAGAAGGCAGUGAACGAGCUGCGGGCGGCGUCGGCCCUCAGCCGGCUGCUGGUGCUGUGCGACGGCUGCAUCUCCCUGGUCCACAUGCUGAGCCUGGAGCCCGUGCCGUCUGGCGCCCGCAUCAAGGGGGCCGCGGCGUUUGCCUUGAACGAGAACCCGGUGAGCGGGGACCCGUUCUGCGUGGAGGUCUGCAUCAUCUCCGUCAAGCGCAGGACCAUCCAGGUGUUCCUGGUGUACGAGGACCGCGUGCAGAUCGUCAGGGAGGUGUCGACGCCGGAGCAGCCGCUGGCUGUGGCGGUGGACGGCCACUUCCUGUGCCUGGCCCUGAGCACCCAGUACAUCAUCCUGAACUACAGCACGGGCGCCUCGCAGGACCUGUUCCCCUACUGCAGCGAGGAGAAGCGGCCGAUCGUCAAGAGGAUAGGGAGACAGGAGUUCCUCCUGGCGGGCCCCGGGGGACUGGGCAUGUUCGCCACAGUGGCCGGGAUAUCUCAGCGAGCCCCCGUGCACUGGUCGGAGAACGUCAUUGGGGCGGCCGUCUGCUUCCCCUACGUCAUCGCACUGGAUGACGAGUUCAUCACAGUUCACAGCAUGCUGGACCAGCAGCAGAAGCAGACUCUACCCUUUAAGGAAGGCCACAUCCUCCAGGAUUUUGAAGGAAGAGUCAUUGUCGCCACAAAUAAAGGAGUUUACAUCUUGGUUCCGCGGCCUCUGGAGGAGCAGGUGCAGGGUCUCCUAGCAAGCCACAGGGUGGAGGAGGCCCUGGUGCUGGCGAAAGGCGCCCGGAGGAACAUUCCAAAGGAAAAGUUUCAGGUCAUGUACAGGCGGGUUCUGCAGCAGGCAGGCUUCAUACAGUUUGCACAGCUCCAAUUCCUGGAGGCUAAAGAACUCUUCAGGAGCGGCCAACUCGACGUGCGGGAGCUCAUCUCCCUCUAUCCCUUCCUGCUGCCCACAUCCUCCUCGUUCACCCGGUCCCACCCUCCUCUCCACGAGUAUGCAGACCUCAACCAGCUGACCCAGGGCGACCAGGAGAAGGUGACCAGGUGCAAGCGCUUCCUCAUGUCCUACCUGAAUGAGGUCCGCAGCACGGAGAUGGCCAACGGCUACAAGGAGGACGUCGACACGGCCCUGCUCAAGCUGUACGCGGAGGCCGACCACGACAGCCUGCUGGACCUCCUGGUCACCGAGAACUUCUGUCUGCUCACCGACAGUGCUGCCUGGCUGGAGAAGCACAAAAAGUACUUUGCCCUGGGUUUGCUGUAUCAUUACAACAAGCAGGAUGCUGCUGCAGUUCAGCUGUGGGUGAACAUUGUCAACGGGGAUGUCCAGGACGCCACACGCUCAGACCUGUACGAGUACGUGGUGGAUUUCCUCACCUACAGCCUCGACCCCGACCUCGUGUGGACCUACGCCGACUGGGUCCUGCAGAAGAGCCAGGAGGUCGGAGUUCAGGUUUUCACCAAGAGACCACUGGAUGACCAGCAGGGUAGUUUUAACCCAGACGAUAUUAUCACUUGCCUUAAGAAGUACCCUCGGGCUCUGGUGAAGUACCUGGAACAUCUGGUCAUGGACAGGAGACUGCAGAGGGAGGAGUACCACACGCACUUGGCCAUGCUCUACCUGGAUGAGGUGCUGCAGCAGAAGCCCGGCGCCAACGCCACGGGUGCAGCAGUGACCGAGACGCGGGCGAAGCUGCGACACCUGCUCCAGAAAUCCGACUCAUACCGAGUCCACUUCCUCCUGGACAGGAUCCGGGGCGCCGGGCUUCCUAUGGAGAGCGCCAUCCUGCACGGGAAGCUGGAGCAGCACGAGGACGCCCUGCGCAUCCUCGUCCACGAGCUGGCGGACUUCCCGGCGGCGGAGGACUACUGUCUGUGGCGCUCCGAGGGCAGAGACCCACCCUACCGCCAGCGGCUCUUCCACCUGCUGCUGGCCCUCUACCUCGGCCCUGGCCCCUCCUCGACUGAGCUGACCGUGGCCGCCGUGGACCUCCUAAACCGCCACGCCGCGGAGUUUGACGCCGCUCAGGUCCUGCAGCUGCUGCCAGGCUCGUGGUCGGUGCAGCUGCUCUGCCCGUUCCUAACGGGGGCCGUGAGGGACAGCAUCCACGCUCGGAGGACCACCCAGGUGGCCGUGGGCCUGGCCAAGUCCGAAAACCUGAUCUACAAAUAUGACAAGAUGAAGCUGAAAGGAAGCUCUGUUCGGCUCUCAGACAAAAAGCUCUGCCAGUUGUGCCAAACCCCGUUCUCCGAGCCCGCGUUUGUCAGGUUUCCCAACGGGGGGCUUGUCCACACCCACUGUGCGGCCAGCAGACACACGAACCCCCGCUCCCCGAGCCCCGGGGCCCGGACUUGACAGGCCUGGCCGGGGGCUCCUCACCAAGCCUGCCGGGCACCCAGAACAGAGGCCGCUGCACUCGCACCAGCCGUGGCCGAGGGACAGCAUCUGAUGCUGGGAAAUGGGCUCUUCGCAGCCAUCGGAUGUCAAUGCACGGUCCCCCCAAAGACUCGCCAGACUUGCCUGUCCAGGCACAUCACGACCCCAGACUCUUCCCAGACACCGCCCCCUCUCGCCACCCAGACAACCCCCCCACCGUGCCCCGAUCUGUAGAUGCACAUGUGCUCUGGAAAUGUCUGCUCCAUGGGGACUGGUGGCGGUGGGGGGGGCACCAUCCUCAUCCUCACCGAUCGAUCGGCCGCUGGCCCCAUCUCGGGCUCUGCCCUGGGGACCGUGGACUUUAGGGAAGUAUCUGUUCCUUCCCACCCCACCCCCACCCCCCAAAAGGCCUGCCUGUGCACCCAAGCCCCCACUUUGGGUAAUUCAUUCACUCUGGAUGCUUCACAGUGAGGGCCCUGAGGACGUGUGUCUGGAAGUCGAUGGCAGGGACAAAACCCACACCGUCUACUGGUUCGAAACUCCACGAUGGCCGUGUUGGACUGGAAGUUUUUAUUUAAACUUAUAUCCUCUUUGUGGUUUCUCUCUCGUUCAGCAGUGCACCUGUCAUGUUCGUUAGGGACGUUUUUCCUUGUUAAAAUGUACCCUCUGAUGACUUGGGUGAAAAGUGAAAGGCCGGGGACACCAAGCCAAGUAUACCCUGCAGGGUGGCCUGGGCGGGGCUGGCCAUGGGUGACAGCCGCUGCUCAGUGACGGGGAAUCCACCUCCUCCCGAGGGAGUGCUGCCUGCGAGGAAGUCCAGUCAGGCCGCCUUACCUCCAACACUUUACCGCCUGCCCCGUGGCCUCCUGCACACAUGGGACAGAGGGGACAGACGCUCCCCAGCCUCACAGACCCGGCGUCCCUGAGAGAGCUGACGCUGUGGUUAUUUCACUGCCCUCUUCUGCAUUUCUUCCUGGCGGGGAUUGACUCUAUCAGGGACUAACAAUAAAAGGCCAUGUCCCCGGCCGUGCGGCCUGGCAGCCUCUCAUCAGCCUAUGUGUGACCAGGGGACCCUGGGAGCCAUCCCUCCCUCCAGUCCAGGCCUUACGGACGGGGACACAGAUCAGCCCCUGUUCCGGAAAAACAUUUUCUGUACUAAUAAUGGUCUGCAGUCUCUCCUCUUGGGAUCCUGCCGAGGCCGGAAAGCAAAGACAUCCAUGCUCUUUCCUACUGGGUCUCAAUUUCUAAGGAAUAAAUGAUGGAGAAAUUCCAUAGCUUAGCCGUGUGCUGUGUAAGCGGGUCCUGAGCCUUCCCCUGCGGUGACUGAAGGAGGGUCACGUUUCCAGACGCCUUAUCGUCACCACUUGUGAGUCUGGGUUCAUUCCUGAGGACAGGUGACAGUACAUGGGACACUGCACUUUUCAAAGCACCGUCUCUCUAGGUGUGGGUGCAGUCCUGGAAAAGCCUUCUGGUGACUCCCUAAUUUGGGGACACCUGUCUUUCCCUUCGCUGAACGUCGAUCCAUAUUUUGAAAUGCCUAUUUUCCUUUAGAAUAAUGGGCACUAAAGGUGAACAGUUUUCUGUCUCUUCCACAUCCUUGGACACAGCAGAAUUCUGUGCAGAAUUAUUAAAAAGCCUCACCUUGCUCUCACCUGUCUUAACUCUCCCUUUUCUCAAAUUGUAUUUUUGAAAGAAACGCACGGGUCUUUCUCAAGGCCUGCUGUUUUGUGACUGUGCGGUGAACAGAGCAAUUAGAACCCCCCUUGGCCCUUUUCUCCCCAAGGUAGGUGCUGUGUAACCGUCCCAGUCAAAGCAGCAGGGAUGGACUCAGUGGACAUGGACAUUAGUAUUCUGUGGGCAAGACUUCAAUUUCACAAGCUGUUUCUGUGCUGUCACUUAUCAAGUAUCCAUGUGGGAGUGUCGUGGGGGCUGUGGCACCUCAGGCCUGCGCUCAGAGCUGCAAGGUCCGUGCCUGAGCCUAGGGAUGUGCUGGAAGGAGGACCUUGGGGGCUGUGGGUGCCAGCCUGGAAUUGCAGUGCACCACACGUCUGGAGCAGCCCUGCUUCCCACUCACUCUCCUGUAGAAGCUGUGGUCCUCGCAGGUUUACUCUCGGCCCGGAGCGGGUCCCAGAUACCCAAGGUGUACAUAUGGAAACAUUGAUUUUAUUAAAAUUCUUUAAUUCUGUG